AAAAAGAAUAAUUAGAUAAUAAUAAUAAUAAGAAUUCGAAUCUUAAUAAAAGGAAGGGUUCGAAUAGCAUCUACUAAUAUUACCGAAAACUUUGUGAAAAUACUUCUACGAGAAGGUUUUAUUGAAAACGUUCGAAAACCAUAGGGAAAGUAACAAAUCUUUCUUGGCACGUGCCCCUGCUCCUGGUCUUCGAACUAGUCAUUAAUGGUCGGCAACAUAGGUACCCUUUUUGGGUAUGCGUUGCGAACACUUUCAUUUUUAGCGUCUCAUCUUCUCUGGAGAAGCUCAAAUCGAACGGAUAGAGCAGAUGGUCCAACUACAGAACUUCUUCUUUUUCAUUACUUCCAUGGUCGUGCCCCGUGGCACGGCAGCACCCGUACUAUUGAAAUGGUUCGUCAGUAGAGAUGUUCCCACUGGUGCCUCUUCUUCCAAUGGUACUAUAAUUCCUAUUCCUAUCCCUUUAUUCCCUUUUUUGGUCUAUCUACAUUUAAGGAAAUUCAUACGCUCCAUGGACAGAGAAAAAAGUGGAGUGUUGGUCAAAGCAAGCCGCCCUAUUCUAUUACCAGACAAAAUGGAGAGAAGCUCAUCCGCUAGAAAUGCUUUAUUUCGUUUCGUUCCCGUUCUUCAUUUCCUUAUUAUCGAAUCCAUGGGGGACUUGUCAUAUUUAGAAUCUUUCUGCGGUCUGCUCUGUUUACAAUUCUUUCGUACUCUCUUCUCUUUACCACGCGAUAGGUCAGCGAAGCGUGAGCGGGCGCUCCGAAGUAAAGGCCAAACACUUCGGCCUAAGGGGAAUGAGCAACAAAAUGACAAGAUGAGGUGCCCCGGGUACCCCCAUAUAGAAAGAAGGGUCGAAGGUUUUGGGACUGUAGCUUUCCCCGCCCCCCCCCUCGUCGAGUGGUGCUUGUUUGGGGGGUGUGCCACCAGAAAGCGGGCUUGAAGCUCUCGCCUUACC